ACUAUUAACGUGUUGAACGUGCUUAAGAGUGCCAGAGAAAAAUGAAAUCAAUUUUGGUGUGUUUAUCUGUGUUGGCCACUUUGUUGGCUUUGGCUAUGGGAAUGCCUCAACACCGCGAGGGUGCUGCCUAUACCAAUGAAGCUAUCCGCCAGGCCCAGCAGACCUUCCUGAUACCCAAAGAUGCCCAGAUACAAAAUGUCCAAGAAGGCAUUGAAUUGGGAGCCUACGAACAGAUUCCCGGCAAUCAACGCAUCAAUCUUUUCGAAAUUUUAGGAGAUCAAGUUCCUUCGGAAGUUAUCAACAACUUGCAGUCUCAAGUGGAUCAAAUUGGCCGAAACUAAAUUGGAUUAAGUUGCUGCUUCAUGUUGUCUCAUUUCGAAUUUCCCAUUCAUCAAACAUCCUUCAUGACACUUUUGUGUUUCUUCUUCAUUUUCCCCUCAUCCCUCAUUUGUUGUUAUUUAAGCUGAAAGGGCACCACAGCAUGUCCUUUCAAAUACUACACCUAAAUCCUUUUAAACAUUCAUCUUGAAAAUUGUUAUUUUUAAUUUGUUUUUAUUGUUAAAAAAAAAA